GCUAGCUGACUUCGCCUGUUUGACUCUCCUUCCUCCAAACUGUCGCAAGGACCGCCAGCUCGGCAAAAUUGUGGGCAUCACACCGCUACCUUCAUCUCCUUUUACCUGCAAAAUAAGGAUAAACAAUGGCUGCCAAAAUCAAAGCCGGGUCUGUGGUGGAGAUGCAGGGUGACGAAAUGACCCGGGUCAUCUGGGAGCUUAUUAAGCAGAAGCUCAUCUUCCCCUACCUGGAACUUGACUUGCACAGUUAUGACCUCGGAAUGGAGAACCGUGACGCUACGGACGACCGUGUGACGGUGGAGGCAGCUGAGGCGGUGCGGCGCUACAGCGUGGGCAUCAAGUGUGCCACCAUCACGCCAGAUGAGAAGCGGGUGGAUGAGUUCAAACUGAAGCAGAUGUGGCGCUCGCCCAACGGGACCAUUCGGAACAUACUGGGUGGUACCGUCUUCAGGGAAGCCAUCAUCUGCCGCAACAUCCCCCGCCUGGUUCCCGGCUGGGUCAAGCCCAUCAUCAUUGGCAGGCACGCCCAUGGAGAUCAGUACAAAGCCACCGAUUUUGUGGUUCCCGGACCGGGCAAAGUGGAGAUGAUCUACACGCCUGUAAGCGGAGAGCAGGUCAAGUUCGUCGUCCACAAUUUUGAAGGCACUGGCGGCGUGGCAUUGGGGAUGUACAAUACGGACAAAUCCAUCAGGGACUUUGCUCACAGCUCCUUUCAAAUGGCUCUGGUGAAAUGCUGGCCUCUGUACCUCAGCACCAAGAACACCAUUUUGAAGAAGUAUGAUGGACGAUUCAAGGACAUUUUCCAGGAGAUCUAUGAGAAGGAAUACCGUGCUCAGUUUGAGGCCAAAGGUAUUUGGUACGAGCACCGUCUGAUUGACGACAUGGUGGCCCAGGCAAUGAAGUCAGAUGGAGGCUUCAUUUGGGCCUGCAAGAACUACGAUGGAGAUGUACAAUCCGACUCAGUGGCUCAAGGCUACGGCUCCCUGGGAAUGAUGACCAGCGUGCUGAUCUGUCCUGACGGACGGACCGUGGAGUCGGAGGCGGCGCACGGCACAGUGACGCGCCACUACAGGCAACACCAGCAGGGAAAAGAAACCUCCACAAACCCCAUCGCUUCCAUCUUUGCGUGGACGCGGGGCCUCCUCAAACCUGAUCAGUUUUUCUACAAAUCUUCCUCUGCUUACAGUGUGACGCGUAGUGACUACCUGAACACUUUCGAGUUCCUGGACAAGCUGGCAGAGAACCUGAAGGCCAAGCUCGCCAAUCAGCCCAAGUUGUGAUGCAUGUGAACGCAGAGCGCACGCGCGCGCGCGCACACACACACACACACACACACACACCAAUAUACACUCGCAGACAUUGCUGCUGCUGGAGGCUUGCUCGUCACACAGAAGCAGGCAAGACCCGGCCCUCAUGCCCAGCAGGCCUUUGGUCUAGAAAUACAUUCAUGACUUCAAACAGGAAGUGUGAGUGGACUGAACUGUACUCAACCGAAGUACUAAUAAUGAAAAGCUAGAGUGUCACUGUCCAGUAUACAACAUGUAAUUCCAAAUUUUGUGUGUUGUCUUUUAAUUUGAAAAAUAACAAAAAUAUUUUUAUGGUUGUGACGAAAAUAAAACAAACGUGGAGCUCCAUGCUUUUUAUUGCACAGUGUCCGACUGACAAGCUCAAACCAAAUUGACUUUGAAUAAUUCUAUUAAAUAAUAUUCAAGUGGUUUUGUUUCUCUCUCAAGUUGAAUUCAUUUACAAUAGUCACCGUAUUACUGUUCGGAUUGUCUAUUUGCAUCUUUGUAACACUAUCCUGCCAUAGAAUAUAAAAUGUCCAUCUGAUGUUUUUUAUUUCAUGUUUCAUGAGAAAAUAAAUGUUUCCAUGUACAA